AUGAGUGUGACUAGUGAAGAAGUUAACUAUUUAAUCUGGAGGUAUCUCCAAGAGUCUGGGAAGGAAGUCACCGCUUUGGCCUUGCAAGAAGAAUCGCGAGUUUUGGAGUUUGAUCACCGGUUUGGAGAACACAUUCCAAUUGGGGCUUUGGUGAGUUUCGUUCAAAAGGGCAUCUUGUACACGGAAUCGGAGCUAUUGGUGCGCUAUGAUCGUGAUAUUGCACCUGUGGAUGUGGAGCAUAGCGCCAGGGAUUUCAAUUUGGUUCAAGCGCUUGAGAUUGAUAGUGAUAGAGUGCCGCAGAUUCGAGGCAAGCACCGGUUUGAGUUAGCCGACGAAAGUUCAGUAUCAUCAAAUCACAAUGGAGUAUCUGAAGAGCUGGUAAACGGCACGCGAGUAAGCGAAUCUCUUUCCGGCGAUUCCUCGAAAUUUAUUAAAACAUUACAUGAAACCCUCAAACUUCCACAGAGUUCAGUGAGCCGAUGGAACCCUACGAACGGUUUAGUAUUAGCCUAUGGUGGUACAAGUGCAGCUGCCACUAUUGUCAAUUUUUCGCAGCAGAACCCAGGAAGUCUUACAAUCGACCAAGAAUUUAAGUGCCAGCAUCCUUCAACGUCGACCUUCGAGGGCUCAAGUUGUAUUACGUGUCUUGAAUGGUCCCCAAAUGGACGAAGUCUCGCCACGGGUAUAGAAAGUGGUGAAGUACGGCUAUGGACUAUCGACGGAAAGUUGCAGAACGUAUUUCAAUUCCACAAGUCCUGCAUAACUACUAUUAAAUGGAAUCAAGACUCAAUACAUUUUUUGACAUGCGAUACUGAUGAUGUAGCCACAGUUUGGAAUUCAUUGACUGGGACGGCAUUACAGCAAUUCUCACCAAAGGAGACAGGAAUGUUGGAAUCUCUCGGUGUUGACGCUGAGUGGGUUGGUCCGGACAAAUUCGUAAUUCCAGGUGCGCAGGGAAGCAUAAUGCUAUGUGAAAUGGGGGAAAGUCGUCCUCUUGGAAAACUGAAUGGACAUACAAAAACACUCACUGCGUUCGAUUACCAGCCCGACACAAAGAUGCUGGUCACAGCUUCCGAUGACAAGACGCUGCGAGUAUGGCGCAGCGGUAAUCUAAACUCGUCCAAUUGUUUCGUAGGCAACUCUCAAAGUGUCACAAGCGCUAUGUGGCUUGACGAGGACCGUAUAAUCUCCACGUCCAUUGACGGUACCAUGCGGGUGUGGUCCCAAUCCAUAAACUCGUUAUUAGGUCUUUCGAUGGUUGACGAAGUUCCUAUUUUUUGUGGUUCUCUAUCGCCAGACAAGCAAAAGUUUGCCGUUGGUAAAAUGGAUGGUGAAAUUAGCUUGUACCAUACCGAAAAGAUUCUAGAGGUCAUCAGAAAUACACCUCAAGCCCAUCUUCCGGCCUCCAUACCAGUCGACGGAGACUACCAACCCAAUACAGAGGGCAAUUGCAUCACAGAUUUGGCAUGGGACUCCUCUAGUACCUAUCUCUCGAUAUCAUACUCAGCGAGCGAAACCGCUGUAGUCUAUGUGGGCUGA